UCUUUGGUACCGUCGACCAGCAGCCCAACCUUGGCGCCUUCGGUCGGAAAAGCGUUUGUAGUUGGCCCCGGUUACGCGCCAAUUCCGUGGAAACUGGUGGCCAAAAUAACCAGUGGCGCCUUCAAUGAGCUUGCGGAUCUCCUAGCGGAGAACAUACGCGCCCAAGAGUCCGAGCCUCAUACUUAUUUGGAUGGUAAACUACUUGUUGCCCCUGCCAAAAAAAGGGUGGUAGAGAUAACCGAUAUUCUCACAUGGAUUCAGGCCUUUACCAUUUACCAGUGGAUCUUCUGCAGUACUUACCCUUCUCGCUGGCAGGAGACUACCCAGUAUAAGUUAUUGAUCCUCCAGACGGCUUCUCAGUCUCCUGGAGCAGCUUGGUUGAACUACGACACGGCAUUCAGGAAGGAUGCUGCAGCCUCUCUUCUAGCAGAUUGGUCUAAGAUGAACCUGGAUCUAUACAACUUCCACACUCUGCGUCCGGCACCGUUACCGGUCAAUCAGCACCUCACUCGACUUCCCUACCCCAUACCUCAGCCUCAUCGAACGUCCCACCCGAGCGUUCCUUCGACCCCAUUCAGUAUUGUCGAUCUUGGAACGAUGGUGCCUGUCGCUGGUCUCUGGGUCAAUGUUGCUACCGUCAUGCUUGCGAACGAUGUGAUGGUCAACACCCCCUUACCAACUGCCCCUUUCGAGCCUACAGGGGUCUCAGCGUUCCCGAUCCCUCACUCCAUCCGGGGGAAAAUGCCAUCGGUGUUAACAACCAGGUUGCCUUGCAGGUGGCAGCCUCCUCUUGUGUAAAUAGUGUUAAUAGUUCGUUGACUGUUCCUCGUUCCACGUUUGCGCUCAUUGGUGUUGAUUCCCAGCAGAAGAUUCGACUGCCCCGAAAUUUUUGUGCUUUCAAUGAUUCCUGCCCGUCUGCAUCGGCUCCCUCGUUGCAUCAGCCGCUGCUUCUCUCCUAUAAAGUUUCCCCCAUAAGAGUGGACAAAUUACGCCAGGAAGUGCUCACACAUCCAGAUCAGUCUUUUGUAACCUAUGUCUUGGAUGGUCUUCAGAAUGGGUUUCGUGUUGGUUUCAACCCUGCUUCGGUCUCCUUAAAAUCGGCCUCACAGAAUAUGCCCUCUGCUAGUCUUCAGCCCUUGGUUAUUGACGACUACUUUUACACGGAGUUAGCUAAGGGUCGCAUUUCUGGCCCCUUCUCUUCCCCUCCGUUACCUCACCUUCACAUCAGCCGUUUUGGAGUCAUCCCCAAAAAACACCAGCCAGGCAAAUGGCGCUUGAUUCUCGAUCUCUCUAGUCCCGAUGGUCACAGCGUAAAUGACGGCAUUAGAAAAGACCCUUUCACGGUUCAAUAUAUGAAAGUAGACGAUAUUAUUGAUGGGAUCAUGUCGCUCGGUCGUGGCACCUUACUUGCAAAGUUUGAUGUGGAAAGUGCCUAUCGCAUUAUUCCCAUCCACCCUAAUGAUCGUUAUCUUCUCGGCAUGCAGUGGCAAGGCAAUUACUUUGUGGACAUAGCCUUACCUUUUGGUUUGCGUUCAGCGCCUUACAUUUUCUCUUCAGUUGCGGACCUGGUAGAAUGGGUGCUCAAAAAACAGUAUGACGUGAGGUUUCUCCUUCACUAUCUGGACGAUUUUCAGAGCCUGGGUCCUCCUAAUUCUCAGACGUGCCAACGGACACCUGUAUCCAGCAAUUUCAGGAUUGAAGGAUUCCCCUUCACUCCGACAAGCUGGAGGGCCCUUCCACUCUCCUGACCGUUCUAGGCAUAGAACUCGACUCUCUCCUAUUGAAGGCGCGCCUCCCACAAGGAAAAUUUGAUUGUAUCCGUACACUCCUGGUCUCUUGGUCACUUAAACGCCAUUGCACACGGAAGGAGCUGGAGUCUUUAACUGGCAAUCUUCAACAUGCGUGCAAAGUCGUCCCAUCUGGUCGCACUUUUCUCCGCCGCAUGAUCAAUGUGCCCUCAGCUUUUCGCAGAGAUGACCAUCCUAUAAGGCUUAAUAGAGAAUUUCAUUUGGAUUUGUCAUGGUGGCUCGAAUUCUUCCAGUCAUGGAAUGGGUACAGUUUUCUGUUGUCUCCUCGUUGGGCUCCCAUUCCCGAUCUCCAUGUCUCCUCUGACGCUGCUGGCUCUGUUGGAUACCGGGCUAUUUUAGGUAGAGACUGGUUCGUGGGGAGAUGGUCUCCGUGAAAGCUGCCCUUAUCCAUUGCCUACAAAGAACUUUUUCCGAUUGUUCUGGCAGCUUCCCUGUGGGGUCAUCAGUGGUCUGAAAAGCGGGUGGAAUUUUGUUCUGACAAUACAGCAAUGGUCGAGGUUUUGUGGUCCGGUACAUCACGAGAUUCGAACUUGAUGGUGCUGCUUCGUCACCUCUCCCUGUUGGCGGCCCGGCACACCUUUGUGUUUACUGCUCGUCACGUUCCUGGGAAAUCAAAUGCCAUAGCUAACGCCAUUUCUCGUUUUGAAUUUCAACGGUUCCAUCAGCUAGCUCCUUAUGCGUCUCCUACAGCAACGUCGGUACCUCCUUGGGUCUUGGACCAGCUGCCUGUGGUUUAGACCAAAAGUGCCAAUUUUAUCUCUCCAACGGUCUGGCCCCUUCAACUCGACGGGUGUAUCGUUCAGCACAAUGUCAGUUCAUCGAUUUCUGUACGUUAAAUGGCUAUGUCAGUUCAAAUGGUUCGUUACUGCCCACUAGUGAACAAACCUUGCUGCGUUUUUGUUCCCACCUAGCGGAUCGUUUACAUCACUCUUCAAUAAAGGUUUAUCUCUCGGCGGUACGGUCCUUGCACAUCGAUCAGGGUUUCCCCGAUCCCUUG